AUGGAUGAUCCAGAUGCUAGCAUUGCUGCUGGAACCCCGCCAUACAUCAACAUUCCUGUGACCGGGCUUUUUGACACUGAUGUCUCAUUGACCUUUGUCAAUGUUGUGAUCCCAAUCAAAAACAAGGAAAAGCACUCGGUCGGAUUGAACUGGUCGCUCUUAUGCCAAGAGUUCUUUGAUCUCCGAGGGACCGCUGCCGCUGAAGCCACAAUUGAUUGGGCUUCCACUGACACCGGUGACACGCAGUGGAGCGCCUCAGCUUCCGCUGGUGAAGCCUUGGUCAGCAUGCACAACUUUCUCAUCCUCCCCUGGCUCUGA